CUUUCUUGAUUAGCAUAAGUAUCUGCCCCGGGGCCCUGGUGCGAGGCGGAGGCUCUGACCUAGCUUAGGUGCUAAGAGAAGUCCAGCCUGUGGUGAGGUCUGAGCAGCACCUGCUUCUAAUCCCAGAGAGGACCGCGGGGGUGCGACUCGGCGGGGCAGAACGCUAGGAUGAAACAGAUCAGAGACCAAAGGGUAACCAGAAAGAGUCCCAUUUCCCAGAGGAACCAUUCAUCUCAACAGCCAGGGAGAGAGCCUGGAUGUUCAAAUUGGGGAAUGGCGGUCAAUGUGUAUUCUACCUCGAUAACCCAGGAGACUAUGAGCAGGCAUGACAUUAUUGCAUGGGUUAACGACAUCGUGUCCCUAAACUACACAAAAGUGGAGCAGCUCUGUUCAGGAGCGGCCUAUUGCCAGUUCAUGGAUAUGCUUUUCCCAGGCUGUAUUAGUUUGAAGAAAGUAAAAUUCCAAGCCAAGUUGGAGCAUGAGUAUAUUCACAAUUUUAAACUUCUGCAAGCAUCAUUUAAACGGAUGAAUGUUGAUAAGGUAAUUCCAGUGGAAAAGCUGGUGAAAGGGCGUUUCCAAGACAACCUGGAUUUUAUUCAGUGGUUUAAGAAAUUCUACGACGCUAACUAUGAUGGGAAGGAGUAUGAUCCUGUAGAGGCACGACAAGGGCAAGAUGCAAUUCCUCCCCCUGACCCCGGCGAACAGAUCUUCAACCUGCCCAAGAAGUCUCACCAUGCAAACUCCCCCACGGCAGGCGCGGCUAAAUCAAGUCCAGCAGCCAAGCCGGGAUCCACACCUUCUCGCCCCUCGUCUGCCAAAAGGGCUUCAUCCAGCGGCUCAGCGUCUAGAUCUGACAAAGAUUUAGAAACGCAGGUCAUACAGCUCAACGAGCAGGUACAUUCAUUGAAACUGGCUCUCGAAGGUGUGGAGAAGGAGAGGGAUUUCUACUUUGGGAAGUUGAGAGAGAUUGAGCUGCUGUGCCAAGAACAUGGGCAGGAAAACGAUGACCUUGUGCAGCGACUAAUGGAAGUACUCUACGCUUCCGACGAACAGGAGGGCCAAACCGAAGAGCCAGAAGCAGAGGAGCAAGCCCAUGACCAGCAGCCCCAGCAGCAAGACGAGUACUGAACCGCCUCAGCAGCUCUUGACACUUCCAUCGCGUGUGGGGACUUUCCUUCUGGAGGAUUGGAAUGUGUGUGGCCUGGAGCCCAGUAGAAACCAGCUGUUCCCACCCUGUUGCCAUCGACAGUGAUAUUGCAUCCGCCAGCCAUUGCACUGGGUUCCCACUUCUUUUGCCAAGAUGCAUUAGCAGACGGCCAUUCUGGUCACCCACCUGCCAGAUCAUAGGGUCACAUACCUUCAACUCCACCACCUGGCUGCUUGAGAUUGGUUCUACCCUUCCCUCAUUCCUUUCCAGAACAACUCUUUCCCACCCCAACACCACCACCAUCACCACCACCACCCCUUUUUAUCCUGGUGUGAAACAAUGGUAAUUUGAUAUAUGGUAUUUAUAUUGGCAUUUUUCAACCCAGUGUCACUAGAUAUCACAUGCAUUUGUGGUGCUUUGAUGUUUGCAAGUCUAACCUCCUAUCAUAAAUUUGGUCAGAUGAUUAAUUGGAACAAAGGGAAGCAGAUACUUGAUAUGAAAGCCAUAUGACAGUAGCUUGUGUCAUGGGGAAAACAAUUCCUCCCUCUACUCACAACACUAAAGGGAAAAAAGAAAAAUGGAUUCAAAACUAGGACUUCAGGGCCCAGCAGUGUUGAUAGAGCAGCGCAUUAGACAACCAUGCAGUUGUUAGUUUCCAGGCGUUCACUCACAGACAGCAGCAUCUCAGCUCCGCCCUCGCUCUGUGAGUCCCUGCCCCCUCUCCAUCCCCAGGUUCUCGUGUUAUUUUCUUUCUCAGGGCCCUCUUCGGUGGAGGUCCACUCCCUACAAGAUGUUCUCACGGCAAUCUGCAGUUGCAAAAGUUGGGGUGGGGGGAGGUGGUCUCAGAAAGCAGGAGGCUUCCCGCCUCAUCCCUCUUCCUCCUUGCAAGAGCUUCAGCCCAAGUCUUGCAGUUCACGUUAGGGGAAUCCAUACUAGGGGGUAACUGGAGGCUGUGUGCCCCGCAUGCCACCAUCUGCAUCGUGUUGGUGCCGGCUGCGAGGUUGGAGGUGAAGACUUGAUGGGUGGCAUGAUCUCUCGGGAGAAGGGUGGCUCUACACAGAACACCAGUGACCCCCCCCCAUUACCUUCUGGAGUAAGGACUCUGCCAUCCCCCCUACCCUCCUACCCCCACAGCACCGGGGCCUUCCCUCUCAUUGACAUUUGCUAAACUGUGGCAGUUCAUAAAGGGGAAACGUUAGUGAAUUGAAAGCAUUCCUUGUUUUUAACUAUUUGCACAUUUUCUUAGUCUUUCCUGAUCGUUGCCCGCCUCCCCGUUUGGACAGAUGGUACCCUUUCCUAGCUCCCUCGUUUUAUUUGAUUUUGAUUUUUCGUUUACUGUCACUGGUCAUUUGGCCAGCAAGUGCAGAAAAACAAGAAACAAAUGUGCCCACCCCACUUUCCACUUUAAAAAAAAAAUCUCAAAAUAAAUUUCUGAAUUAUGCAUCAUAAA